UGGGAGUGGGAGUGGUUAACGUAAACGUUUGUUUGAUGAAUGGUAUGAAUCAUAGAUUAGGGUGAAAAGUCAUAGAAAACAAAAACUUACAGCAUUUUGGCUUAAAAAAUCGAAAUUGGAAGAGAUAAAUCAAAAUGCUGAAAGUCGCUAUGACGGACCAUUUUGGAUUAAAAUGGGAUCCAAAGAACUUAGAAAUUCGCACAAUGUCCGUUGAAAAAACACUGGAACCCUUGGUAUUACAAGUUACGACCCUUGUCAAUACGAAAGGUCCAAGUAAGAAAAAAAAAGGGAAAUCGAAAAGAGCUAACGCACUUGUCAGUACAGUCGAGAAAGCUACAGAAAACUUCAUCGAGAAGGGGGAACAAAUCGCCUACGAAAAUCCUGAUAUAACUCAAGAAAUGCUCGCAGCAGUCGACGAGGUCAGAAAAACCGGUAACGCAAUGAGCAUUGCGGCUCGUGAAUUUUCAGAAGAUCCUUGUUCCUCUCUGAAACGGGGUAACAUGGUGCGAGCUGCGCGUAAUUUGCUAUCAGCAGUGACCCGCUUAUUAAUUUUGGCCGACAUGGUCGACGUUCACCUACUUCUUAAAUCGUUGCGAGUUGUAGAAGACGACAUUGAAAAAUUACGAAACGCUUCUAGUCAAGGGGAGUUGGAGGAUAACAUAAAGGCAUUUGCGCAUAAUGCUAACGAGCUAAUGAAUCAGGCAGCUAAACGACAACAAGAACUGAAAGAUCCCCAAUUGCGCGACGAUUUAGCGGCUGCUCGAGCCGUACUAAAAAAACAUUCCACUAUGCUACUAACCGCGUCGAAGGUGUACGUUCGUCAUCCAGAACUAGCGGCCGCGAAGGCCAAUCGGGAUUACAUUCUGAAACAAGUUUGCGAGGCCGUCAAUACGAUUAGCGACGUCGCUCAAGGCCGUACACCACAACCGUCACAAACUCCUUAUGAUGGACCCGGCGAACUCGCUGCUGCUUUAGAUGAUUUUGAUGAUCACAUGCAAAUGGAACCGUUAGCCUACAAUGAAGUCCAUACCAGACCGUCCUUAGAAGAACGUUUGGAAAGUAUUAUUAGUGGCGCAGCUUUGAUGGCCGAUUCCAGUUGUACUCGUGAUGAGCGCCGUGAACGAAUCGUGGCCGAAUGCAACGCCGUUCGUCAAGCGCUGCAGGAGCUCUUAUCCGAAUACAUGGCUAAUCAGUUGCAAGUAUUACGGGGAGGGAUCAGGAUGGGAAAUAAAGAGCAAAGUGAUGGUUUAGGACGCGCAAUUGAUCAAAUGGGCAGAAAGACGCGAGAUUUACGUCGGCAGUUAAGAAAAGCUGUUGUUGAUCACGUUUCAGACAGUUUUAUGGAUACUAACGUUCCACUGCUCGUUCUCAUAAAGGCAGCUGAGAAUGGUAACGAAAAGGAAGUAGAAGAAUACGCGCUUAUAUUUACAGAGCAUUCCAAUAAAUUAGUAGAGGUGGCUAACUUAGUUUGUAGUAUGUCGAAUAAUGAAGACGGAGUUAAGAUGGUCCGAUAUGCGGCAUCUCAAAUCGAGAGCCUGUGUCCUGAAGUAAUUAACGCGGCGAGAAUUUUAGCAGCUCGACCACGCAGUAAGGUCGCCCAAGCAAAUAUGGACGCUUUCAAAAAGUCGUGGGAGAAUCAAGUUCGAAUUUUAACAGAAGCCGUCGAUGACAUUACCACUAUCGACGAUUUUCUUGCCGUGUCCGAAAACCACAUCCUCGAAGAUGUCAAUAAGUGUGUUUUGGCUCUUCAAGAAGGCGAUGCGGAUACGUUGGAUCGUACGGCUAGCGGAAUUCGCGGACGCUCAACUCGUGUUUGCAAUGUUGUGACUGCCGAAAUGGAUAAUUAUGAACCGUGCAUUUACACCAAACGUGUGUUAGAAGCUGUCAAAGUUUUAAAUGAGCAGGUCAUGCCGAAGUUUGGUCAACGUGUUGCAGUUGCGGUUUCUGCAUUGUCUAGUAAUCCCACAAAGGAGGUCGAUGAGAAUGAUUUUAUCGAUGCCUCUAGAUUGGUCUACGAUGGUGUGCGCGAAAUACGUCGUGCCGUUCUUAUGAACAGAGCAGACGAAGACCUAGAUCCUGAGGACGUUGAACUGGAUGAGAAUUACACAUUGGAGACAAGAAGUAAAUCGAGCGCGCAUACAGGAGAACACGGCAUUGAUGAAUAUCCGGAUAUCAGCGGAAUUACAACUGCUAGAGAAGCUAUGGGUAAAAUGCCAGAAGAAGAUAAACAGAAAAUCCUGCAGCAGGUCGAGUAUUUCCGAAGUGAGAAAAUGAAGUUCGAUCGUGAGGUUGCGAAAUGGGACGAUACAGGGAACGAUAUUAUCGUUUUGGCGAAACAUAUGUGUAUGAUUAUGAUGGAAAUGACUGACUUUACCCGUGGUCGAGGCCCUCUUAAAACAACAAUGGACGUUAUAAAUGCAGCGAAAAAGAUAUCGGAGGCUGGCACAAAGCUAGACAAACUAACCAGACAAAUAGCCGAGCAGUGCCCCGAAAGUUCAACCAAAAAGGAUCUGAUAGCUUAUUUGCAACGGAUCGCUUUAUACUGCCAUCAAAUGAAUAUCACAUCGAAAGUGAAAGCGGACGUUCAAAAUAUUAGCGGUGAACUGAUCGUUUCUGGAUUGGAUAGUGCGACAUCUUUAAUACAGGCGGCUAAGAAUUUAAUGAACGCUGUAGUUUUAACAGUUAAAGCAUCGUAUGUUGCGUCAACCAAGUAUCCUCGACAAGGAACCAUUGCUCAACAACAAUCUCCUAUUGUGGUGUGGCGAAUGAAGGCUCCCGAGAAGAAGCCGCUUGUUCGACCUGAAAAACCGGAGGAAGUACGUGCCAAAGUUCGCAAAGGUUCGCAGAAGAAAGUACAGAACCCCAUUCACGCUUUAUCCGAAUUCCAAAGCCCUUCUGAAUCAGUAUAAC